GACUCAAGAGCUCUUGAUUUUGGCGUUUCUGUUUCGGAAACCCACUUCGAGUGAAGUACCCACCCUCUCUCACUAGUUACUACAGAGAUUCUAGAGAGAUAAAGGCAAGGAGAAGGAAAGAGAUUCUGAUCGGGUCGGGAUGAGUCGGAGCUUAGGGAUACCGGUGAAGCUGCUACACGAGGCCGCCGGUCACAUUGUGACGGUAGAACUCAAAAGCGGAGAAGUCUACAGAGGAAGCUUAGUCGAAUGUGAAGACAACUGGAACUGUCAAGUCGAAAACGUUACUUUCACUGCUAAGGAUGGAAAGAUCUCACAACUUGAGCAUGUCUUUAUUCGAGGCAGCAAAGUUAGGUUUAUGAUCAUACCAGAUAUGCUUAAGAACGCUCCUAUGUUCAAGCGAUUGGAAGCUAGAAUUAAGGGUAAAAGUUCAGCACUUGGUGUUGGUCGAGGCCGUGCUGUUGCCAUGCGAGCUCGGGCUCAGGCUGCUGGUCGUGGAGCUGCUGCUCCACCUGGUAGGGGGAGGUGAAGUGAUUAUUAAAUCAGUUUCUUUUUUUCUUUUGAAAUGUAAACCUUGAAACUAGAGUAUUAGCAAUAGUUCUAGUUUCAAUCAUAUUUGUGGCUUUUUGGCUUUAUUCUACAAUCUUCACUUUAAACCUGCAAAACAACAUCCUUGAUUGUGUUUGUGGCUUUUUAUGUUUGUAACUUGAUAAAAAAAAUGUCACAAACUUUUAGAAG